AUGACCAAAGAUACUAUAGGCAGUGCUGAACAGUAUAGUACUCUAAAAAAGAUAACUUAUUUACCUUUAGAUGAUGAAGAACAACUUGAUAUAGUCGAAGCUGAUCAAAGUGAAAUCUUGAAAAAUGUCAACACAUCUAUUAAUCAACAAAUUGAAUAUUUAAUAUCACUUUACCAAAAAAGUAAUUUGGAUGAUAUACCUUUGGAUAGAAGAAAAAAUAUCAUUAAAAAGCUUGAAGAAACUU